GAUAGCUCUGUUCAUACACUCUGCUGCUGGCUCCGAGAUUAACUGGGAUAGAGAGGGAUUACAGUCUGCCUUCCCCAGGAACGCUUUGUUGUAAAAUCACAGACAUGUUGUCACCGGGACUGUGUACUUUGUUCUGAAACAUGACCUAAAAUAUAAGGUGAUCGUCACUGGAGAGACCUGUUUCACUGAAGACACCUGUUUCACGAGGUCAAGGGUGAAGGAUUAAGGAAGUGUCUGAGAAGGUCUGACAGAGAUGCUGUCCAGUGUGACAGAGGAGGUGAGGCUGGCUAUCCACAGUGACAUCAGUGGGUCUGAAGUCCUCUACAGCCUUCUCAGCGCCCCCUGGCUACAGUCUCUACUCAAGAUCUACGAGUGUCUGCAGAAGUUCAGAAGUCUUCCACCCAGUCCCUACCUGCCCUAUGUCUCUGGUCUCUCUCACGAGAUCCUGUCCAACAUCCGAGCAGUACCAGCUCCGUCCCCAGAGGCCAGACAGCUCUAUAGUCUAUUGAAGUCCCCCCAUCUACAGGCCCUCCUCUCAGCCCAUGACAUGGUGGCCCAGACGGACUAUGAGCCAGUUCUCCCUCCGCUCCCUGAGGACCUGCCGGAAGACGAGGAGGCCGUGAGGAUCGUCUGUCUGGUCAAGAACAAACAGCCUCUGGGAGCCACGAUAAAGAGGGACGAGGAAACCGGAGAGAUAUUCAUAGCCCGGGUGAUACACGGAGGCCUUGCCGAUCGCAGUGGUCUUCUGCAUCCAGGGGAUCUGCUGGUGGAGGUGAAUGGGAACCCUGUAGAAGGACUGGACCCAGAACAGGUCAUACAGAUACUGGUCCAAUCUCAAGGCACUAUUUUGUUCAAAGUGAUUCCAAACACACCACAAUCAACUAAGACCCAACAGCCAGCCUUGCUGUAUGUGCGGGCCAUGGCAGACUACUGCCCCCUGCAGGACCCAGCCAUCCCCUGUCCUGACGCUGGCAUGGUCUUCAGUAGAGGAGACCUGCUGGAGAUAGUCGACCAGACAGACAUCCACUGGUGGCAGGCUAGGAAGCUUCCCAGUGCCUCAGCCUGCGCCGGCCUCAUCCCCUCCACCAGUCUGCUCAAGAGCAAACAGAGGGAGACAUGGUGGUCACAGCCUUUCCAGGCCCACACCUGCAUCAAGCCCUUGAGUAUAGCUGGUGAUGAGGACGACGUUAAGACCAACAGUGGGAAUGGUGCCAUAGCAGAUGAAGAGGAUUUUGAAUCUGUUUAUCCCGAAGAGGCUGAAGAAGGAGCGAUGGGUGGCAUCUACAUCUCGGGAUUCCGGCGGAGUUUCCGUCUGUGGCGGAGGUGUGUUUCUACAGGUCCUUCUGGUGUCGGGGUGAAUGAACUGAGGAAAAGACUGAUCAAACUCAACCCACACACCUUCCAGGGAGCUGUGCCUCACACAACGCGACCAGCCAGAGAUGGAGAGGGGACUGGAAAAGAAUAUAACUUUGUCACCAAAGAGCUGUUUGAUUACAUGGUGUGCAACCACAGGUUCCUGGAGUAUGGUGAAUAUAAAGGACAUCUAUAUGGGACCAGUAUUGAUGCUGUCAAAGACGUGAUAGACAGUGGAAGGAUGUGUGUUAUUGACACUGAGCCACAUAGCAUCCUGUCCGUGAGGAAUAAGAAGUUCAAGCCUUAUGUCAUCUUUAUAAAGCCUCCCAGUUCAGAACGACUGAGACAGACACGGAGGGAUGCACGCGUCAUCACCAGCUGUGUUGUCAACAGACCUUUUAAAGUGAGAUGAAUGUGUUGUCACUGUCCGGCUAAAUAAUUAGGGUUGUAAAGAUUCAUCGGUACGCAUCGGUCGCGAUUCAAAUAUUUAAGAUAGUACUGUUACAAAUCGCAGAUUUAAUCAAAUGUUUUGCUCAUACUUUCUUUCUACCAUUUCCCCCCCAAAAAAUACCUCAUCUUUUGUGUAAACCGACACGUCCUUUCCUUCAGUGUCGCGUGUAACUGGGUACACAGGGUAACUGUAUCGACAUCCAUUGAUCUUCAUUUUGCUGAAACAAAAUCCAGCCAAUAACAGUAGCCUAGUUAAACUGCGGGCUGUGCCCAGCUUCGGCCCGCUGACCAACAUUCAGGUCAAUGGAAGGCAGCGUGGUCUUUCUACCAUUUCCCAAAAAUACCUCAUCUUUUGUGUAAACCGACGCGUCCUUUCCUUCAGUGACCAACAUUCAGGUCAAUGGAAGGCAGCGUGGUCCUGAUCUCGCGGCACCUUCAGCAUUGAAAUCCUCAAAUGUCUUGCGUGAUAUAAGGCUUUAUUAGUUUAGUGACAAACCUAUGUAAUUGGUUAUUGUGUGUUUUUACCAGAAUAAAAUAAAUCUGAGACACAA